UCCAGCCUGCCUCUGUCUCGUCCCACUCACACUCUCUGUCAGAGCGCGGCGUUGACAGCCACUGGCCACUGAUCAGCCCACUCUGUCGGGGUUUGUGUCUCCAUCCAAGACUGCUGAAAAAGAAGCUCUGACUCUCGCAUUUCCUUUUAUUUGCAAGGCAAGCAAACCAACAAGUCCGUCCACGGCAACGGAAGCACCAGAAGUGAACGAGGGAAGGAAUAAAAGCAUCUAAGUAAUUUUCUAGACUCAUCACUGUCUCACAGCUCCCUGCACGAUGUCUGGAGAGGACGCACCUGCCCAGCAGCAAAACGCCGUGGACCAGAAGCAGGAGACCAAACCCGCCGAGGAGCCCAAAAACGAGCCCCCCAAGACGGAGUCCGCACCCGCCGCCGCCGCCGCCGACGCAGCAGCUGCCCCCGCGGCGACCACCGAGAAGGUCCCCGAGGAGGAGACGUUCACCUACCGCGCCCUGGUGCUCACCGGCUACGGGGGCUAUGAUAAAGUCAAGCUGCAGGUGAAGAAGGGCAAGCCGGCCCUCAAGGCUGGAGAGGUCCUGGUGCGGGUCAAGGCUUGCGGGCUGAACUUCGCAGACCUGAUGGCUCGGCAGGGGCUUUACGACCGGCUGCCGUCCCCGCCGGUCACCCCAGGAAUGGAGUGCUCCGGGGUGGUGGAGGCUGUCGGGGAAGAAGUGACGGACAGAAAAGUCGGCGAUAAGGUGAUGGUGCUGAACCGUUUCGGGCUGUGGCAGGAGGUGGCGGUGGUGCCGGCGAACCACACCUUCCUCAUCCCAGAGGGCAUGAGCUUCGAGCAGGCAGCAGCCCUUCCCGUGAACUACAUCACUGCCUACAUGAUGCUGUUUGACUUCGGCAACCUGCGGCCCAACCAGAGCGUCCUCAUUCAUGCUGCUGCAGGUGGUGUGGGCAUUGCUGCCACUCAGCUGUGCAAGACGGUGAAGGAUGUGACCGUGUUCGGCACAGCAUCAGCCAGCAAGCACGAGACUAUCAGCGAGGGCGGAGUCACGCAUGCCAUCGACUAUCGCACCAAGGACUACGUGGAAGAAGUCCGCAAGAUUAGUCCCAAAGGUCUGGACAUAAUACUGGACCCUCUCGGAGGAUCAGACACCCACAAGGCCUACAACCUACUGAAGCCUAUGGGUAAACUUAUCACCUAUGGUGCCGCCAACAUGCUCGCGGGCCAGAAGAAGAAUCUGCUCGCUGUGGCCAAGAACUGGUACCAUCAGUUCUCCAUCCACACGCUCAGCCUCAUCCAGGGGAACAAGUCGGUGUGCGGCUUCCACCUGGGCUACCUGGAUGGGGAGAUGGAGCUCAUCACCCAGGCCAUGAACACCAUCCUGGAUCUCUACAAGGAGGGCAAGAUCAAGCCCCGCAUCGACUCGACUUGGCACCUUGAGCAGGUGGGCGACGCCAUGAGAAAGAUGCAGGAGAGGAACAACAUCGGCAAAGUGAUCCUCACCACAGAGCCGAUGCCUGAGGAGGAGAAGAAGGAGGAGGCCAAGAAGGAGGACAAGAAAGAGGACAAGAAGAAGGAGGACAAGAAGAAGGAGGACAAGAAGAAGGACGAUGGCAAGAAGGAGGAGAAGAAGGACGACAAGAAGAAAGAGGAGCCCAAGAAGGAGGAGAAGAAGGAGGAGGAGAAGAAGGAGGAGGUCAAGAAGGAGGAGAAGUGAGAGGGAGGGAUGGAUAGUCAAGCAGACCAGCAGGGAGUUUGUGUCCUGGGAGCAGGGGAUGUGGUGUGGGAUGGUGAGGGGAUGGGGGGGCGGUGGAGAUAGAUGGGUGGAUGGGAGGGUGGGGAUGGUGGGUAAACAAGGAAGAGAAGGAGUUAGGAGGGUAGAUUACGAAAUUAUCACACAAUCUUUCCAUCUUUUGUCUCUUCUACCUCCCCUCCGCCUCACCCUCCUGAGCCCUCAGCGGCAGUGAUUACUCAGGCCUGGCUCCGCCCAAACACCUCCCAUUCCCGUUUCUUCUCUUUAUCUCAAAAAAAAAUAAAAUUUCCGAUCACUUGUAACACCAUUUAAGCUCAUCACUCAUCUUGGAUGCCACAUACGAGACAUUCUUCCUAUUGGGAAUGACAGAGUCAAGAGAGCCGUAGAGGAUUGUGGGUAUGGUCCAGGCCUGGGGCAAAUUACUGUUUCCUUGACAACCGUAAUGCCUACUCUGCCCCACCCUCGACCCCCAUGCCCCUCCGCAACUCAACUCCCACUGUGCUAAAUUGUUCUGCUCUGACUUCCACCUGCCACCUCCCCACCCCAACCCCACCCCCCUCACUGUGCUGAGUCCCACCCCCCACCCCACACCUCCCACACCACCACCGCCACCAUCCCCACCUCCACCUCAUCCACGGGCCGGACCCACAGGCAGGCACAAAGGCAGGCAGAUAAACGGAGAACCACACCCACCCACACGUUGCUCUCUCGGUGUCCAAAGCUUAGUUAUGUCACUGAGGAUGAGUCAGAGAUGCCUGCGAUUGGCUGGUGCACCCCACCUCCCCUGGGGAGAUAUUUGCAUCACGCUUUUGAUCAUGAUGUUCGACUGCUCAGACAGCGCUGUUAAUCCUACAAGGCCUUACAUCGAUUAUUUGGCUUCGGCUUGUGUCAGUCUUCAUCAGCGGUGACGGAACUUGCUAUCGCAUGCGUUCCCACCGAAUUUCAGCAAAGUUAAUACAGUGACUGCAGUUUUGCACUUGCCCGAAUAUGAAUCCCCCGCACCAAUAAUGAGCCUUUCUGUGCGGCACUGAAUAGGGAGGCAGAAAUCAUUGCUCAGCUUCCUUCUCCUUAGUUACGGAUUUUUCUAGCUGACCAACUGUUGGCAAGAAGUGCGCAGUGCCAAUUAAGAGAGAAUUUGUUUCUGGUCAAACAAGCCACGCGUGCGCACACACAUACACGCGCAAACAUACACACUCUGAAUGUGAUGAAAGGGGCACUGUCACUCUAGGACAGUGAAGCGUCUGAAUUGAGAGAGUUAAGAAGGUGAAUGCCGGUCCCUUUUUCCCCUCAGGACCAGGCUUUCUUCCUCCCUGAUCCUCCUCGAGGCAUUCCAUGGCAUUCUGCUCCUUUCACAGCAACCGCUGGCCUGUCGAUCACCCUGACCUGAGAGAGGAGAAUUCAAUGCAAGCUGGCGUCCAUACUUCGCCUCCCCUCCUUCUCUCUUCCCCACCAUCUCUCUCUCUCUCUCUUUCCCUCUCCCUCCUCCCUCCAUUUCCCUCUCGGUGGUCGGCAUAGCAACAGGCGUCAGGCUUGUGAGAGAAGGCACUGUGGUCUGUUUCUCUGUGUCUCUCUUUCUCUCUUUCUGCCUCCCUAACUCUGUAUUUGCCAACAGUCGGUGCUGUUGACAGACGUUAGAAUGCAUCAAGGAUUUCAUAUGAUAAAACUGAAGACGCGGGCCGGCUUUCAAGGUUUAUUUUUUUUUAGUCUCGCGCUACCUGACAGUUUGCUCAAACCAGACUGAAAUUCAAGUAUUGACAAUGUGUGCAAACGUUGGCCAAAGCAGCAAGCUGCUCCCCCUAAUGGCCAGUGUGAAUUUUGUCUCACUGGUGUAAAGCCGUUCAAGUGUAAUCCAUAGUGUUUCAUCACAAAUCCAACUGGGUGCACUCUAAAUCUUUCACGUAGGAGGAUGUCAACUUUAAACCUUAAGACAUUUAUCUACCUGCCCGCCUGCCUGUCUGUCUGCGAGCCCGGCCUCAGUGUUGAAACUCAGAUGGUGACUAGUGACUUUGUAAAAAAACAAAAUGUUUGAAAAAAAAAAAAAGAAAGAAAAAAGUUGUUGUGUUAGCAUGAGUGGCCUCCCUCAUGUGCUGUGUGUGGUGUGCCAUUGUGUGUGAAGAUGUGUGUGUCCUCAGGUCGUCUGUCGGGUUUUAAGAGCACCCAACCUACCCCUGCCACAUUCCUCCCUCGCACUACUCUGCUACAGUAUUAUGUAGCUCCCACCCAACCCUCCCCUCUUACUCUAUCUCCCCCUCCUGUCUGAUAAGAGGCCUGUGUAAUGAGGACAGUUGGUAUUAGUAUUUUGCACUCUGCUCGCUGAUCUUAAUGCACUUACAAGCAUGGCAGUCGCACUCCAGUCCUACGCAGGCUUUGAUUCUGCUCCAGGUUUGCAGCCUGUUUCCCAUCAUCCACUCCCAGUGUAUCUGCUGAAGCUCAAUGAAAGCACAGGUGGCACACACACACACACACACACACAGGUCCCCUCAUUUUAAGCUUGCCAGUCCCUGCCCGUGCCAACUUCUCCUGGGUGGCAGCUGAAAUCAAAGCAUUCAUCCAUCCUUGGCUGUGGGAAAGAAAAUGUGGAGCCCGGCUUGAGUGAACUGGGCUGGAGUGCGACCACCACGCUGGUGUGGGGAGUGACUGUGUCCUGUCAGCCUCUGGUUAGUGUUCUGUUCUAAUCUGCUGGGCUCCCUUUGUGAACCUGUGGACGGUGCUUCUGUUCCGAGUGCCAUGUGAGAAACAAAACGCUUCAGUUUAAAAAAAAAAAAGAAGAAAAAAAAGAAAAAAAGGAUGUUUUACUUAAUAUGUUAUUUUAAUUUACCUUUAUAUUUCCGUUUGUUUGUUCGUUUUGUUAUCCAAGGGUUUAAAGUUCAAAGCUCAUACUCUUUAUGUGGGGACCUGCCAACCUGCCAACCUCCUCUUAAAUGUGAUAAAGUCUUUCUGUUGGUCCGAACCAUGUGUGCCAAAUUGUAUUUAUAUUCCUCUGUCAGUGCUUUGGAUAUUAACAGUGCAUAAAAAAAAACAUAUGAAGAAAAUUCUGUUUUUGGAUGCAUUUCCAUCUUGAAGAAAAAUGAAAAUUCAAAACAGUCGUAACAGUUUGACAGAUUUGCAUCCCAAAUGCUCAUGGGUGCUGAGAGAAUUUUUUGCUGCAAAAGGUUUAACACAAUUUGUAGUUUUUCAUUGGCUGCAGCCUUGCUCAAGCGUAGGCCUGCACUGUGCCUCUCUUCUUGCACACAGCUUACCUCAGUCCGAGGCAUCUCCCUCCGUGUUUCUGUCCUUUUCACUGUGUUUUACCAGCUCUCACAUCACGUCGACCGCAACGGGUUGAGUCCUCAUAAGUGUUUACAACCAUAGUGUCACAGUGAAAAGGAACGACAUGGUGCAUUUAAGGUUCAAAACUCCAACAAAAGUCAUAUAGGUUCAUGGAAAUCUGCAAAAUCCCUCCAAAUCCAAAGCUCUGUGUUAUUCCUCUCUUAAGGAUUUCUAUUUCUUUCAGUUUGUUUCCAAGCAGCUUGUAUAGCAAGCGAGGGAGCAGAUGUUUUCACACAGCUGUGCGGGGAUGCCAACAGUGUAACACAGCUGCACCAAACCCAAGCUUAUUGGCUGAUCCUAGCUCAGCCCUGGCCUGCCCCAGACGCAACAUUUCCGCUUUACAACUGAUCUCGGGUUCACUCAAGGAUUAUUAGAGACGUUCCUCUUUUCCUGUGCUGCAUCCGCCGAGGCUCUUGGCCGGCGCAACAGUCGCAGCCAAGCAGCAGCCAGCCAAAGCGCCUCUCCAUAUCGCCGAUUUCUCUCUGCACACACAUUCGUAGCACAUAAAACAUUACUCUGACAUCUGGAAUUUGAAAUUGCAUGCACGCUUCGGCAUGUGGGAAACAGAUCAUAAUCUUUUUUUCUUUCUUUCAGCAUUUUCCCCCUUGCUUCAUUUGAGCUAAGCUGCCUUUGAGAUGAACUCAAUCGGUUGGGCGGGUGGCCUGCUGCCUGAGAGCACUUCCACCACAGUGAAGUUGCAUGUAUGUCAUUUUGAAAUGGUUUCCCAGUCAUUCCAGACACUUAUGCAAGAGUACUUAGCAACUCAGAGACGCACAGGAGAAAAACAGUGUUUCAAAGUAAAAAAAAAAAUCGGAACUUUUCCAGUUUUAGAUUUGAUAUUACUAAUUACCACUCGCAGUUCCAGGUCUGAAGAAUGCACUAUGACAAUGAGUAAAGUAUCUCCAAUAGCCACUCUUCUGUCCGUCUUGUCUUGUGUAGCUGAAGUCCCCCACAGACGCUCACCGUUUAGCCCCUGAGGUCAGUUUCUUUCUGCUCUACAUGGUUUCUCAGGUCAUUCCAAACAGCAGUUUUCUUCUUGUAAGAAACCACUUAAUUUUGCAUUUACUAACACUCAAUUCAACACGUAACAUCAUUGCUCCACCGUGUUUCACUGAGUUCACUGCACAAACUGUCACACCAACUUUCCCUCACACAUCCAUGUUUGAUGUAAGCUUUAGCACUCAAAAGACAAAAAGGAGAGGCUCUGCCAGCGGGUGACUUCCAAAAUCAGAGCCGCUGUGUUUGCUCAUCCACACUGAGAACCCAAACAACCACAUCUGCCAGCAGCUUUUGUUUCCUUAGCACUGAUUUUUAAGGUUAUUGCAAUGCAGCAACACCACAGAAACAUUGCAGAGAUGCUAUGGAAGUACAACCUGGCUGGACUUGUCAUGUACAGUACUAGAAUGCAUGUGUAGUUGACCAGAAAAUAAGGCAUGUGUUUAUGUACAGCUCACCGUCUCUUUCCAUGAUAGUUUAGUAGUCAUGUAGUGGUGUGGUGUGUGAGGGAGGAGAACACCUUUCCACUCGUGUCCGGUUGCCAACUGAAGCCAAUCCACUGCCCCUCCUGUGCCGCCUGACUCCCCCGUCUUCACCUUCAGCAUGGGCACAGCUGGUACAUUCAUGAUAAAUCUUAACCUAUCUCUGGGAAUGCUUCAGAAACUCACAACACACCCAUCCCACCACACACCUCCCGUUAGAGUUCAGUCAACACAGGUAAUUCUCCGCCAGGCUUACCCAACAGGUUGAUUUCUAAGCUAGUUCUCGUCCUUCCUUGUGUUGUUGUUUGUUUGUUUUGUUUUUUUCCUGGUUGCAAACACUCUCCUCGUCUCGACUUUGUUUUUUAAACCCUUUGAAUUGAUGCUGCUUUUGUGCUUGACUCUGGGUUUACUGCGUGGUGCCAUGUUGUCCACAUGGCCUCUAGAGCUUGUAACGCUUCAGUGUGUAAUGUUACCAUAUGCCUUACAUGUUUUCCAGGACUAAUAAAAAAAGCAUAACAAAAUGUCA